AUGGGCCUCUUCCGCCGCCGCGACGACGCCCAACCACGCCAGCCGUUCAGCUGGGUCCUGCCCAAGCAGACCUCGUCGCUCGCGCCCGAGGACAUCUACACGAACGCCGACCUUGACCCGACGACCGACCCUGCGCAGCGCACUUGGGGAUACGGAACCUGGUUCUCGUUCUGGGUUGCUGCGUCGCUCGACCCGGCGUUCUGGCAGACCGGUGCUUCGCUGAUUCCCCUUGGCUUGAGCUGCGCGAACGCCAUCGGAAUUGUCAUCCUCGGCAAUGUCAUCAUCUCGGUCCCCAUCGUCCUCAACGGCAUGAUCGGCGCCAACCUCCGCAUCCCCUUCCCCGUUGCUGCUCGCGCCUCGAUGGGAUACUGGUUCUCGCUCUUUGCGGUCCUCUCGCGCGCCUUCCUCUCGCUCAUCUGGUUCGGCGUCGAGACCUACAACGGCGGCAGCGCGAUGACGCAGUUCCUCCGUGCGAUCUGGCCGUCGUACUGGAACAUCGAAAACAAGCUGCCUGAGUCGGCUGGAAUCACGACCCGCGACAUGACGUCCUACUUCCUCUUCUGGCUCAUCCAGCUCCCCUUCUUCUUUCUCAAUCCGAAUCAGCUGCGCUGGGCCUUCCUGCUCAAGACGGUCGUCGUCCCCGUCACCAUGCUCGCGACGAUGGGCUCGCUCGUCCACGCCGCAGGCGGCGCGGGACCGCUCUUCCAGCAGCCGAACUUGGUGACGGGCAAGGACUUUAGCGCGGCUUGGUUGCUUGGGUUGGCGAGUCUGUGCGGCAACUGGGCUACCCUCGCGGUCAACUCGCCCGACUUCACUCGCUACACGACGACGAACCGCGCGCAAUGGUCGCAGGCUCUCGCCAUCCCUCUCUCCGCCUUCUUCGUCACCAUCUGCGGUAUCCUCGCUGCGUCCGCCUCGAUCCCCGUCUACGGCUUGACGAACGACGCCGCGUACUGGUCGCCCUUCGACAUCAUGAGUCAGUGGAACAACCGCGCGGCUGUUGCGUUCGCUGCGCUCGCUUGGAUGCUCGCUGGUAUCGCCGCCAACAUCACCGCUAACUCGAUCUCGUCCGCCAACGACUUUGUCACCCUCGCUCCGAAGUACAUCAACAUCACCCGCGGUCAGCUCAUCACUGCGGUACUUGGCGGGUGGGCUGUGGCGCCGUGGAAGAUCUUGAGCUCGUCGGGCACGUUCUUGACGUUCGUCUCGGGCUACGCUAUCUUCCUCGGCCCUCUCUCGGCGCUCCUCACCGCAGACUACUUCCUCGUCAAGCGCAAGGCCUAUCACGUUCCCGAGCUGUACGACCCCGAGUCGAUUUACAAGUACACGGGAGGUGUCAACUGGCGUGCGGCGCUCACGCUUGCGGUCACUGUGGCGCCGAACCUUCCGGGCUUGAUUCACGCUAUCAAUCCGAACGUCGAGAUCGGGAACAUCCAGUGGUGGUACGCCCCUGGCUUCAUCACCGGCUACGUCCCCGCCGUCAUCGUCUACUACCUCCUCAACCUCGCCUUCCCUCACCACGCGACCCUCCUCGCCGAAGCCGUCACGGCCGACGACGUCGACCUCAGCGUCCCGCCUACGAUCGACAACUUUGGCACCAAGAGCGACGAGAUGAACAAGGAGGCGUACGAGAUGGGCAGCGUCAGCGUGCAUGCUUGA